AUGAGAAAAAGUAAAGUCGGCUUCCCAGCCGAAAGAGGCGACAAGCAGCAGACAAGUACAGACACAGCUAGGGCUGGACUGGACUGGGCUGGAGCUCGACGGGCUGCCUCGUCUGGUGUUCUGCUACUGCGAGACUUGAUGCUAGGGAGUCUAGCCUACCAGAACGUGGGCCAGCAACCCUCGACACGCGGCAUCGAGAGGGUGAGCGACACGAGGAUACGGGGUCAAUGUACUAGGAGCAUUCACUCCAAGGGCGGGCACUGGAAGGAUGAAAGACCAGGAGCUCAUGUGCCUAAGGUAGCUAAGGUCCCCGAAGGUGAGGUCCGGUAUCUGUACCGAGUACGCACUAUGGUAGAGGGAAGGCUAAGGAUGGUGGGAUCUGAGAUGCAGCCAGGUAAGUGGAAGCCACGCCAGGCGGGAAAGAUCGAUGUCCGUGAGUCCGUGAGUGGAGAGGACCAAAAAGCGCCCGGCAGCAGACGCCAAGAGGACACACCCAGCGGACAUCCAGCGACACCCAGCGACACCCAGCGAUACCGGUUACUACCUUAA